UCAUCACAAUGUGUGAGGGAUGGAUGUGGGUCGGAUGCCAGUGUAUUUCGGUUACGGAUACGAGGACUGGCAAGUUAUCAGCAUGAACUACCGGGGGCAGAGAAACUGACAUCGAUGUUCAAUUCGACUCCGGAGGGAGGACCAUGGCGAAAAGGAAGGGACUGUUAUCCCCACUGCUGUACUUGGUGGCAGAGUUUUGGCUCACUUCGCAGCAAGUCCUGAGAAUUGGGGGCAUCUUUGAGACGCUGGAAAAUGAGCCAAUCAGCGUCGAAGAACUGGCCUUUAAAUUUGCUGUAACCAACAUAAACCGGAACCGGACCUUAAUGCCAAACACCACGCUGACCUAUGACAUCCAGAGAAUAAACCUGUUUGACAGUUUCGAGGCCUCAAGAAGAGCCUGUGACCAGUUGGCAUUGGGUGUUGGGGCCGUGUUUGGCCCCUCUCACAGCUCAUCUGUCAGUGCAGUCCAGUCCAUUUGUAACGCCCUGGAAGUCCCUCACAUCCAGACACGCUGGAAACACCCUUCAGUGGACAACAAAGACAGCUUCUACAUUAACCUCUACCCUGAAUACACCUCCAUAAGCCGGGCUGUGUUGGACAUAGUGCAGUUCUACAAAUGGAAGACGGUCACUGUGGUCUACGAGGACGCAACUGGACUGAUUCGUUUGCAAGAGUUGAUCAAAGCUCCAUCCAGAUACAGCAUUAAAAUCAAGAUCCGCCAGCUGCCAACAGGAAGCAAAGAUGCCCGUCCUCUGCUGAAAGAGAUGAAGAAGGGGAAGGAGUUCUACGUCAUCUUUGACUGCUCUUACCAAACAUCAGCUGAUGUUCUCAAGCAGAUCUUGUCCAUGGGGAUGAUGACUGAAUAUUACCACUUCUUCUUCACCACGUUGGACCUGUUUGCCCUGGACCUGGAGCCAUACCGCUACAGCGGGGUCAACAUGACGGGGUUCAGACUGCUCAAUAUAGACAGCCCUCAGGUGGCCUCCGUGGUGGAGAGGUGGGCCAUGGAACGACUGCAGGCUCCCUCCAAAGCUGAGACUGGGAUGAUGGAGGGGAUGAUGACGACUGAAGCAGCUCUGAUGUACGAUGCCGUCUACAUGGUGGCUGCUGCCUCCCAACGCGCCUCCCAAAUCACUGUCAGCUCACUUCAGUGCCACAGACACAAGCCCUGGCGCUUUGGAUCACGCUUCAUGAACAUGCUCAAAGACGCACAAUGGAACGGCUUGACGGGACAAAUAAUUAUAAACAAGACAGAUGGCCUGCGGAAAGAAUUUGAUUUAGACGUCAUCAGCCUAAAGGAGGAUGGCUUGGAGAAGAUUGGCGUGUGGAACUCCCAAACAGGCCUUAAUUUAACAGACAGCAACAAGGAUUCUUCCACAAAUGUGACUGACUCAAUGGCCAACAGAACCCUUAUUGUCACUACUAUUCUGGAGAAUCCUUAUGUCAUGUAUAAGAAAUCUGACAAGCCGCUGUAUGGAAAUGACCGCUUUGAGGGCUACUGCCUGGACCUGCUCAAAGAGCUCUCCAACAUUUUGGGCUUCUCCUAUGAGGUAAAGCUGGUGUCAGACGGCAAAUACGGAGCUCAGAAUGACAAGGGGGAGUGGAAUGGCAUGGUGCGAGAACUCAUCGAUCACGUGGCUGACCUCGCCGUGGCCCCGCUCACUAUCACAUACGUGAGGGAAAAAGUCAUAGAUUUCUCCAAGCCCUUCAUGACACUGGGGAUCAGCAUCCUCUACCACAAACCCAACGGCACCAAUCCAGGAGUGUUCUCCUUCCUCAACCCACUCUCUCCUGAUAUCUGGAUGUAUGUGUUGCUGGCAUGCCUUGGGGUCAGCUGCGUGCUGUUUGUCAUUGCCAGGUUCACUCCCUAUGAGUGGUACAACCCUCAUCCCUGCAACCCAGACUCAGACGUGGUUGAAAACAACUUCACUCUAAUAAAUAGUGUCUGGUUUGGAGUUGGAGCACUUAUGCAGCAAGGAUCUGAACUAAUGCCCAAGGCCCUCUCUACCAGGAUAGUGGGUGGAAUAUGGUGGUUCUUUACGUUGAUAAUAAUCUCCUCAUACACUGCCAACUUGGCUGCCUUCCUCACUGUGGAGAGAAUGGACUCACCAAUUGACUCCGCGGACGACUUGGCCAAGCAAACCAAAAUAGAGUACGGUGCUGUAAGGGACGGCUCCACCAUGACCUUUUUUAAGAAAUCCAAGAUCUCAACUUACGAGAAAAUGUGGGCAUUCAUGAGCAGCAGGAAAAACACGGCCUUGGUGAAAAACAACCGUGAGGGGAUUCAGAGGGUCCUCACCACAGACUAUGCUCUCCUGAUGGAGUCGACCAGCAUUGAGUACAUCAGCCAGCGCAACUGCAACCUCACACAGAUCGGAGGCUUGAUAGAUUCAAAGGGCUAUGGUGUGGGAACACCAAUUGGCUCCCCUUACAGAGACAAGGUCACCAUUGCCAUCUUGCAGCUUCAGGAGGAAGGGAAGCUGCACAUGAUGAAAGAGAAAUGGUGGAGGGGGAACGGCUGCCCGGAGGAGGACAGCAAAGAGGCCAGUGCCCUGGGUGUGGAAAACAUAGGGGGAAUCUUUAUUGUGCUGGCAGCCGGACUAGUCCUCUCAGUUUUUGUAGCAAUUGGAGAGUUUAUUUACAAAUCCAGAAAAAACUUGGACAUUGAGGAGGUGAGUGUCGGCCAGUGCGAGUGGCACAACAAAUAUUAACACACUGGGAUUCAGUAUAAGACUGUUAUGAACCUACUACACAUUUGCGUUGUCGUUGUUUUUGUCAGAGGACUACAGUUAUUACUGGGCCAACAAAAAUUUCAAGUCUGAAUGUGUUGAACUGCAUUGUUACAAUCAAAACACAUAACUUUUUAAACGCAGAAUUUAGUGUUUUAAGUAGUUUUGAUGUAGAGCAAAUGAACAUUUUAGUCUUAAUUGAAAGAAUACAUUUGAAACCCCUUUUAUAAUGACAGAUGGUUGUCGACUUCUGACAUCAUGACACUUGACCAUCUUGGCCUUUCUGUUUUUCGCAAAAAAACUGUAACGUUGUAACAUUGUUUUGUGUGAAAAAAAAUGUCAUUGUCAUGCCAUGCUAUUGUGGGCGGGUGAUGGUAACUGGUAUCUUUUGAGGCUUGUUUGCCAUGUUAAUUGCAGCAGCUGUAGCGGGUUUGAGAGGAUUCUGUUAUAAAAUGUUUGCGAUUUUCAUAUUUAUAGAGCACGGAAAGCGAUAUAACAGCACUACUUCUUACCACUUUUGUAUGUACUCAAGCAUUUCAAAACAUCUUUUGAUUUACUCAG